UAUCCAUCUCUACUGUUUCCGAAUGCCAUUGUUUUCUUCUCUUCCAUGGAUGAGCUAAAUCACAACGUUUGAUCUCUUGUUUUUCUCUUUCUUCCCGUGCUUUCGUUUCUGUUUGUCCUUGUACUGUGAUCCGUAGAGUUAUCAGGAGCAUAUCUCGCACUGUUCUUUGCUAAAGCUGUUGUCUUUUUGAUUGAUUGGGAUUCGGGAGCUGCUUCUCUUGCGCCGGAAGUAAAUAACAGCGUCUCAGUUCUGUUUCCUCCGUUCUCGCCCUUUUUCCUUUUUAUUUAAUUUGUUGGUCGGUGGCAUUAGUGAAUUGAUUUAAGAGCAAAGAUGCAGUCUUUUUCUAUUUUUAUUCGGAUCUCUCAUGCCUUUUCUCGCCUUGAUUUGGUUGUCAAGCGAUUCUAUAACGCAAGAUGAUGGCUUUGGAGUCACGGAAGAUCUUACUCCUGGUUCCUGAAACCUAGGGUUCUUGAUCUCUUGAUCUUUCCAAUUUUUAGAGAAGUUUCUUCAUCUUGGUUCUCUUAAGGGUACAUUUCUUUCGAUUAAAAGAUGGGUCUUUGCCUUGUGUUUUUCGCGAUCAAAGUUCGGAUUUUUACCCCUCGUAGUAAAUUGCAUUUGUUUGCCUCUUCCAGUCUUCCCCCUUGGGAGCCUUUUGCAUCUCGAUUUCGAGUUCAUGGUUGCUAGAUUUCGGUUUCCCAGGUGGCCAAUGUUACAAUGCGGAGAGGAGACCCUUUCUUUUUGUGAUCUUUCAAUCAUAUCUUGAUCUGGAUGGCAGAUUGCAGUGAAUUCAGAGCCUGGGAGGAGCUGAUUCCUGAUGCUCUAGGGCUAAUCUUCCGCAACCUCCCAUUGCAGGAGAUUUUGACUGUGGUGCCCAGGGUAUGCAAAUCUUGGUACAGGGCGGUAUCAGGGCCUUACUGCUGGCAAGAGAUCGACAUCGAGGAAUGGAGCCAGCGGUGCAAACCGGAACAGUUGGAUCAAAUGCUUCAGAUGCUUAUAACUCGAAGUGGUGGUUCCUUCCGCAGGCUUAGUGUCUCUGGGCUUCUUACUGAAUCUAUGUUUACCUUCAUUUCUGAAAAUGCUGGUUCCCUUCAGAGAUUGGAGUUGCCAAGGAGUGAAAUAAGUGAUUCAAUAGUAGAACGAGUUGCACCGAGGUUUUCGAAUAUCACUUUCUUAGAUGUGAGUUACUGCAGAAAGAUAAGUGCUCAUGCCCUAGAAACUUUUGGAAAGAAUUGCAAGUUCCUCGUUGGGCUUCGGCGUAGGAUGCAUCCACAAGAGGUGGCAGACAAAGUCUGCCAAGACGAAGAGGCCUACGCCAUCGCAAAUACAAUGCCCAAGCUGCAUCGACUGGAGUUGGCCUACCUGCUCUUGACUACCAGAGGUGUCCUUGAGAUCCUCUCCCGGUGCAGGGAUCUUGAGUACUUGGACCUGAGAGGUUGUUGGGAUGUCAAGCUUGAUGAGAAAUACAUAAAGGAAUGGCAUCCUGGAUUGAAGGUGUUGGGACCGCACGUCGUGGACUGCUACGAGCGGAGCUUCUGGGAAGAUUGCUCAGACUACUCCGAUUCUUCUGUAUACUCCUGGGAUUUCAUGGAUGACGGAGUCGAUAUAUAUGAUGGAGGAAGUGAUGAUGAUGGUAUUUGGGAUGAUGAUCAAGGACUAGAAGGUUUGGAAGUUCGGUUCUACGGAGGUGGUUUUAAUGAUGCAUUUGCUGCAUUUGAAUGGCCUCCAUCUCCCUGACUUGUUGGUUCUUGCUCGAAGAAACUUGAUGCUACUACUUAAGUUACUUCUCUUCCAGAGCUUUUUAGAACCACUAAAAUCUACUCUAAGAUCCUGAUCUAUAUGUCAAUGCUUUGAAGUUUCUGGUUGGCAUUUAUGUGGAGAUCAAUCUCUAAUGUUUAAACGAGGAAAUGAAUAUGUCGGAUCUCUUGUACUGUUCAAUGAAAAUGCUCAUAAAUAUAUGUUUGUACUGA